AUGGGUAAUGUGCGUGGCAUCAGAUACUCACGGAUACUCACUUUAGACCCAGAUUGUUGGAAGUUGAGGCAUAAUUUGAAUAAUCAUUCGUCAAGAUUUAUUUGCAGAGAUCAAGUCAUUGUAUUUCGACAUUGGCAUGAUAUUGGAAAAUACGAUGUCUCGACGAUGAUCGAUCACAUUAUCGAGCAAUCAAAGCAGGAGAAGAUCUUUAUGUUAAAACAGGAUGGUACCGCGUUUUUCGUGAUGGCUAGCGAACGAACAGAGUAUCAAGAGAAAAUUAUCAUUCUUUCUGCCUCUUUAGCCCCAGAUAAUCUUCAUGUCCAGAACAGGAAGUACUCUUUUCCAAAUUUAAUAUUGAAUAUAUUAUUAUUGAACAUAUUUGUACAUACGUUUGGGAAAGUGACAUGUCCACAAUCAUUUCUAUUGGCAUUGUGUGAAAGUAUUUUUGACCUAUUAUUUGGCUUCGAUGGAAAA